AUGAAUAUAUCCGGGACUCUUAACGUCUUCAGGCUGAUCCGGGACCCGGCUCUAUGUCUUCCGCAGCAUACAGUCUCCACAUUCAACCAUCUGCCGAUACCCUUGUCCAAAGCGUUUCCAAAGAAGGAUGGCGAGAAAGAGGUGGACAUCAGAGCAGUAGUCCUAGACAAGGACAAUUGUUUUGCCGUUCCGCACGCUAAUGAGGUGUACAAACCAUACAAUGACAAGUUUCGAGAGCUUCGGCGCACCUAUCCUAGCUCUAAGCUCCUCAUCGUUUCCAACACGGCCGGAACCGCUUCCGAAAAGUAUGAAGCUGAAGCAGCUAUUAUCGAAAAGAACACGGGCAUAGCAGUCCUCCGGCAUUCAACUAAGAAGCCAGGGUGCAAAGACGAGGUCCUUUCCUACUUUAUGCAACAUCCGGACUCCGGCGUAACUUCGCCAUCUCAAAUCGCCGUAGUUGGAGACCGUUUGUUCACCGACGUCAUGAUGGCUAAUCUCAUGGGAAGCUAUGGGUUCUGGGUCAAGGAUGGUGUCGUUGAGCGGAAGAACUUCUUUGCGAGAGUGGAGGACCGAGUAUCGAGCUUCUUGUUGAAAAGGGGUUAUUGCGCUCCUGACCCCAGAAGCAGUUUCGAAUAA